AUCCGAAAUCACGCUAAGCCACAUACUUGUGAAAUCACUUUAGCUUCUUCUUCAUUUCUCAAUCCCAAUCUUCACAUUUCCAAACCCUAAUUUUACUCAUCCCUUCCAAGUUUCUACCUUUUUUCUCCACCGAUUUGCUCUGUUCAGGGAGGAUUUGUUUGUUCGGGUGCGGUGCACUGCAAAUGCAGCUGAUUUCUCGUUAGUAUAUAGCUCGGCGUUUUCGCUUCGUGAUUAGUGAUUUUUUUUGUGGAAGGAUUGUAGCUUUGAUCCGAUCGGAUCGAGGAGCUAGGGCGGCGCGGUUUGUUUAUUUAGGGAAGAGGAAGGAAGUAUGCCGCUGCAAGAUCAAGGGAAGAAGAUCCUGAAGGAAGCAGAAUUCUUUACCGACUAUGGAGAUGCAAAUAGAUAUAAGAUUCUUGAAAUUAUUGGAAAGGGCAGCUAUGGAGUUGUUUGUGCUGCAAUUGAUACACAUACAGGAGGAAAAGUAGCUAUAAAGAAAAUAACAGACAUUUUUGAGCACAUGUCUGAUGCGAUUCGGAUUUUGCGUGAAAUUAAGUUGCUACGGCUGUUACGCCAUCCUGAUAUUGUGGAAAUUAAACGAAUCAUUUUACCACCCUCUAGGAGGGACUUCAGAGACAUUUAUGUUGUUUUUGAGCUUAUGGAGUCAGACCUUCAUCAAGUCAUAAAAGCUAAUGAUGACUUGACACAUGAGCAUCAUCGAUUUUUCCUCUACCAGAUGUUACGGGCUCUUAAAUUUAUGCAUACAGCCAAUGUAUUUCAUCGGGAUCUCAAACCAAAGAAUAUACUGGCAAAUGCCAACUGCAAACUUAAAAUAUGUGAUUUUGGACUAGCAAGAGUGGCUUUCAGUGAUGCUCCAACAACAAGUUUUUGGACGGAUUAUGUUGCUACAAGAUGGUACAGGGCUCCGGAGCUGUGUGGUUCUUUCUUCUCUAAGUAUACUCCUGCAAUUGAUAUUUGGAGCAUAGGCUGUAUCUUUGCCGAAGUCUUGACGGGCAAGCCUUUGUUUCCUGGUAAAAGUGUUGUGCAGCAGCUGGAUUUAAUUACUGAUCUUCUUGGGACACCUUCUUCGGAUACAAUUUCUGGGGUACGCAAUGAGAAAGCAAGGAAGUAUUUGUUGGAUUUGACAGAAAAGCGCCCAGUGCCUUUUACUGAGAAAUUCCCAAAUGCAGAUCCUCUGGCUCUCAAAUUAUUGGAGAAGAUGUUGUCAUUUGAUCCAAAGGAUCGCCCAAGUGCCGAAGAGGCGCUAUCUGAUCCCUACUUCAAGGGGCUGUCUAAAAUUGAGCGGGAGCCAUCUUGUCAGCCAAUCUCAAAAUUGGAAUUUGAGUUUGAAAGACGAAGAGUGACAAAGGAAGAUAUUAGGGAAUUAAUAUUCCGGGAAGUAUUGGAGUACCAUCCUCAAUUAUUGAGGGAUUACAUAUCAGGAAACGGUGGCACGAGUUUUCUCUAUCCUAGUGCCAUUGGUAAUUUCAAGAAGCAAUUUGCUUACCUUGAGGAAAAUAUUGGGAAAAAUGGGCCUGUGAUUCCUCCUGAGAGAAAGCAUGCAUCUCUUCCAAGGUCUACAGUAAAUUCCUGUCCAAUUCCUCCCAAACCAGUAGGAAACAAUUGUACAUUCGAUAGUCGUCAAAUCACUGGAGAAAUGUCAACUGCUGCCAUUUCAGGGGAUAUAUCAAAGGUUAUGCGGCCGCCACCAAGGGCACCUAAUGCAAAACCAGCAAGACCAGCUGGGCCGGUUUUACCUUAUGAAAAUGCCAGAUAUGCAAAUGAUAGUCAUGACGGUAGGAUAUAUGUCCAGAAUGCUAUCCUUCAUCAGUCGAUCUCUCCACAUUGUUAUCACAGAAGUAACUCAGGGAAGUAUAGUCGGAUAGCAUCCGAGAUGGAAGCAUCUCAGCUGAAACAAGCAGUUAAAUCAAUAAACGGCACGGGUCUUGAGAUUGAUUCUAAAGGACAAGCUCAAUACACCCCAUCUAAAUUGAACUCCUGCACGAGUUUCGACAUAAAUAGCAAUCCAUACUACCGGUCUCAAGUGAAAGCAGGAAUGUUGAACGGACGAUUUGCUAUUGAUGCGAAAUUGUUGCAAGCGCAGAGUCAGUUGGUUGCAGCGGGAGCUGCUGCUGCUGCUGCUCGUGAGGUUGGUGCCGUUCAACUCGGACUUACAUGAGAGAUGAUUCGGUUGCAUGGUGAUGGGUUUCCUUUGUGAUGACUCGGGGCAAAAAGGGAUGUAACCGGCUCUCGACGUAGCUUCAUUAUGAUCUGUUUGUGAGAAAGAAGGUUGUCUUAGUCUUCUAGUUUUAGUUCAUUGUAUAGCAACCCUUCAUUUAUUCAUAUAUCCAAUCUGCUAAAUUGCUACUGCUUUA